AUGACGUCUAAAAACUUCCUCGAUAGCCAAGAUCCUAUGUCUAGUGGAAUGGGCUAUUACGACCCAUCACUAGUGACAGAGACCCAGGACCCAGUCAACUUAGAGAUGGCUGCUUACAAUUCAGUGAUCAGUAAGGAAGACUUUGGGAUCAUUACCACGACCCAAGAAGGAAUUCUCAACAGUCUCCAUCUGAUGAGUGACGAAAUAGGAAAACAUACUAGCUUGAUCUUAAACAAACUGGACGAAAUGAACAAAACUACGCAGCCAAAAACUACACAGGGGAAAAAAACCGGCUCAUGCUACACCUGUGGAGAACCAGGUCACUAUUCGCCGGAUUGCCCUAUAAAGGAAAACAACCGGGGCUCGACUUCCCAGCAGAGUACUAACUACAGUAGACCUUCAAACAACAAUUGUUUCAUCUGCAAAAAGGAAGGCCACUGGAUGAAAGAUUGCCCAGAAAAUCUCAAAAACAAAUACUGGGCAGACCAAGAACACGAGGCUCAGGACUGCCCAGAAAAAGAAAAUCACCCUCCCACCAACAAAGGGAAAGGAGUCAAAGACAAGAAAAAAGCAAAAACCCAGAAAUCCAAUGAAGAUUGGGACGAGGAAAUGAAAACGGAGCAGAAAAAACCAGGCCGUAUGAUGAAAGUCAACAAAAAAAAUGUGUUCGUGGAUUCUCCCACUCGUAUGAACUUUAUCUGA